ACUACCUAUAUCUACGGGACCCUUGUCCAGUAAUCGGCCUGUUUCAUCUUCACGUCUCACCAUGCAACAAACAAUGGCUUGCCAAAUGACUAUCGCAGUGAUCAUGACCAUCCAAGUGGUGUCCGCUUUUGUCCUACCUGAAGCUAAUGUGAUGCUCGUGAGAAUGAAACGGAGUCCUUCGCCAAUGCGUUCGUUCUCUUUUAGCGGAUUCAACCCUAGUGCUGGGCAAAUGACUGCGUUUACUGGUGCAGCUGAAUAUCCGAUGUUCUCAAACUACGGUCCUCCGUCACAGUAUGGGCCACCUAAAGAAUAUGGACCGCCGGUACAAGAUUCGUAUGGACCCUCACCUUCUGGCACAGCAACCGAACAUAAAUACGGUUCACCGACAAAUGAUAACGAUGUAAAACCUAGUUCAUCAAAUGAUGCCAAAGAACCGAAUAGCGAAGAACAAGGAGAUCAAAAGCCAAAAAAAGGUCGCGAUGGUCCAAGCAGUAACGCUGAAGCUUCGUUCAACGCAUGGUUCCCGAUAAUGUUUGGCGUGUUCCCGAAUGGCGGAGGUCAGUCGACAGGAGGCAGGGACAACCAAGGCCAAGGAAACGGAUUAGGUGGUGGAUAUGAAAGAUCGGGCACUACUGUGAUAGCCAACAGCGUGAGCAACGGUAGACACGGUGUGGCUACCAGUCAUGCUAUCGCUUACGGCAACCCUAGAUCACAGAAGAAGUAAACAUUACCCACACAAUAUAUAACCUAAACCUAUUCGAAAUAAUUAUCAUUGUAUCUGUAAUAUGUUUUUACAAUUUAAACUCAAUCUCAUGUUUUAUAUAUAUUGUUUUUGUAUUGUAUAUCUUUCAUUGCUGUUAUGUAUUACAUAUAAGUAGAUAAGAUAAGUUAAGUGUAUAAUCAUAAGCUCUCAAUAACCAUAAUAUUGUAAUAAAUAUUCAAUAACCAUAUA